GAUUUCUGUUUUGGAUUAUGAUUGUUGGUAAAACUUGUGUUGCUGAUUAUGAUCUGAUUUCUGUUUACUAGUUCUGUGUUUUUUAUAAUUAGAUUUGUUUAUGGUGGGUGAAGUGUAACCUUCAGAAUUAUGAAUUUUUGUGCUAAAUUUUACUUUAAGGAUUAGAUUGCAUGGUGUUUAGGAAGUGAAAAGAAAAGGAAUUUCUGAAUUAUGAGUUUGUAUGGUAUUCAAACGUUUUCGAUGGUAUUCACCGAAGUUACAAGGCUAAGCUUACAAUUGUUGAAGAUCUAGGACAAUUUGUAACACUAUCGAGUUUCAAAUAGUUUUCUUGUUGUGUUCUUGGGGAAGGGGAAAAUUAUUAUCGAUUAAAGUGACACUAAUGGUCAUUUUACAAUUAUUUUCAAGGGGAUUUGAACUUCGUCCCUUGAGGUUACUAGGUCUAAAUUUUACCAGUGAGCUGAUACCUCAUGGACCGUGGAUAUCAACAGAAGAAUCCUCUCCCAUUCAUUUCUAUUGUUAAAUAGGCUUUUGAUGAGGAGUUGAGUAAAUAUUUUUUUAUGCUUUUUCUAAGAGUUGACAUAGUUUCCUCACUCCAGAUCCAAAAUCGGAAGAUAUAGUAUUGCACACAUAAACAUUUGAGAGACAAACAGAGAUUUCUGAAUGCUGUUAAUUUCACAGUUGAAUGACCAUAAAUGGCCAUUCCCUUUUGGAGCUGGUGGUACUAUUCGUUGAUCUAUUAUACAGAUGUGGAUUAUGUGCAAUCACGGCCUUCGUGCAGUCACAUAGUUAGAGAUCUAUGACCAUCUGAUAAUCAUCGGACGGUCCAGAUUUCAAAGUUGGCUAUUUUAGCUUUAUGAAAAAUCAAAAUAUUAUAUUUUUGUGGACCGUCCGAUCUUGAUCAGACGGUCACGAAUUGCGUGACUGCGUGAUUAAACAGAAUCCACAUCCUAUAGUAUACCAAGCAUUUUACAGUUGAUGUUUAAUUACCAUGAUAUAUAUGUUAUGGAUCAUGAUCAGUACUCUUCAUUUGACAAAACCCUCUUUUAUCAAAGGUACACUGGGAUUUCGAAACCUUGUUUUUUUAACUUGGGUAUGAUUAUAGCUGUUUGGUGAUUCUGCCACAAUGGUCCACAUGUGUGGUCCAAAUGCUUAGGACCAUUGUUAAUUUAGAUGGUUCUGGUUUUUGUUGUGUGGGGCUCUGCAGAGAAAGGUAAAAUGUAGAGAUCCUUGAGAGGGACCAGAUUAUGAAUAGUUUCUACGAGGUGACAGCUCGAUUGGAACAAUCACUGGAUGGAAUUUCCUACGAUAAGCUUGACAUAUCCGAUGAAGUUAAAGAGCAGGUUGAACUGGUUCUUACUCAGUUCAGAAGAGCCAAAGGCAGAGUUGAUGAACCAGAUGCCAAGUUGUAUGAAGAUAUGUCAUCCCUAUACAACAAUAGCAGUGACACAGCUACAGAUCCAGCUAUUCUAAGUCGAUUAGCAGACAAAUUGCAGUUGAUGGGAAUAGCCGAUCUUACACAAGAAUCACUUGCUUUGCAUGAGAUGGUGGCAGCAAGUAGUGGAGAUCCAGGGGCACGCAUCGAGAAGAUGUCAAUGUUAUUGAAGAAGAUAAAGGAUCAUGUGCAAAUAGAAAACCUAGUCAAGGAUGAUACCGCAGUAGCAAAAGGUGUUUCUUCAGGAUUUUACGGACUAGAGGAAAAUGAUAAGAAUCAUCCGGUCCCUGCUAUCCCUAGUGAUUUUAAAUGUCCGAUUUCCUUGGAAUUGAUGAUGGAUCCUGUCAUUGUUUCAACAGGACAGACAUAUGAGCGUUCCUGUAUCGAGAAGUGGUUGAAAGACGGGCAUGGGACGUGCCCUAAAACACAGCAGACUCUCACCAGUACUGUUCUUACACCCAACUAUGUCUUACGAAGUCUAAUAGAACAAUGGUGUGAAGCCAAUGGCAUAGAGCCACCAAAACGACCCAGCACUUCUGAGCCUAGUAAAUCAGCAUCAGCCUGCUCCCCAGCUGAGCGAAGUAAGAUUGAAAGUCUUAUCCAAAAGCUAACAUCUGGUGGUCCUGAAGACCAGAGAUCAGCUGCAGGUGAGAUCCGCCUUCUUGCAAAACGCAAUGCAGAUAACCGUGUAGCUAUUGCUGAAGCUGGCGCAAUACCUCUCCUUGUUGGUCUCCUCUCCGUGCCUGACUCCCGUACUCAAGAGCAUGCUGUUACAGCGCUUCUGAAUCUCUCCAUAUAUGAGAGUAACAAAGGAAACAUUGUUUCUUCAGGAGCAGUUCCAGGCAUAGUUCAUGUGCUGAAGAGGGGAAGCAUGGAAGCUCGGGAAAACGCAGCAGCAACACUUUUCAGCCUUUCAGUUAUUGAUGAAAAUAAGGUUACAAUUGGUUCUUCAGGAGCCAUAUCACCACUAGUGACACUGCUGAGUGAAGGUACCCAAAGGGGUAAGAAAGACGCUGCAACAGCACUCUUCAAUUUGUGCAUUUACCAGGGAAACAAGGGAAAGGCAGUGAGGGCUGGUGUUAUUCCCACGCUGAUGCGAUUACUGACAGAACCUGGCGGGGGAAUGGUGGAUGAAGCAUUGGCCAUUUUAGCCAUUUUGUCUAGUCAUCCAGAAGGGAAGGCUGCCAUUGGAUCUGCCGAGGCAGUGCCGGUUUUGGUAGAGUUUAUCGGGACUGGAUCACCAAGGAACAAAGAGAACGCAGCUGCUGUUUUAGUUCAUCUUUGUUCUGGUGAUCGACAGUAUAUAUCACAGGCACAAGAGCUAGGGGUGAUGGCUCCAUUGUUGGAAUUGGCACAAAAUGGUACCGACAGAGGCAAAAGAAAGGCAACACAAUUGAUAGAGCGAAUGAGCAGGAUCCGCGAGCAGGAGCAGCAGGAAGUUCAGACGCAAACCGAACAUCAAGCUCAAAACGAUGAUAUCCAACCACCUUUGAUCAUUAACCUCGAUAUUGACACCUGAAAUGUUUUGUUUAUACCGAAAUGUUUAUUUUGUUUCCUUAAAAUGUGUUGAAAAAGAGGCAUCAAUUCGGAGUAAAAGGUGGAAGAUCGCCUUCCUGCUCCGUUAAGUUAUUUGUUUGUUUGUUCGUUUGUGUGAUAUACAAAGACAAAAUGCCAUUGAAAGCGGGGAGAAGAGAUUGAUGAAAACGAGAAUGGUGUGCCUGACGUGAAAAAUGUAUAAUCGUAACAUGUAAUGUACCUAUUCUAAUCAUCCUCAAUAUUUAAUGAAGAGAUGUUUCGUGUAUUGGCACCAUAAA